AUGGGGACGGCGGGGAAGGCCGCGUGGGUCGUGCCGGCGCCGGCGUACCGGGAGGUGGAGGGGUGGGAGGGCGCCGGGGACGACUCGCCGGGCUACCGCUGCGGCCACUCCCUCACCGUCAUCGCGCCCACCAAGGGACACGGCCCGCGCCUCAUCCUCUUCGGCGGCGCCACCGCCAUCGAGGCCGGCGCGUCCUCCGGGCUACCCGGCAUCAGGCUCGCGGGGGUGACCAACACCGUGCACUCCUACGACGUGGACAAGCGGCGGUGGACCAGGUUACAUCCAGCUGGAGAUCCUCCAUCGCCGAGGGCUGCGCAUUCCGCAGCUGCCGUGGGCACGAUGGUCGUUUUCCAGGGUGGGAUUGGGCCUGCGGGACAUUCGACGGACGAUCUCUACGUGCUUGAUCUCACAAACGACAAGUUCAAAUGGCACAGGGUCGUUGUUCAGGGGGCCGGUCCUGGUCCUCGCUACGGUCAUUGCAUGGAUUUGGUAGCGCAGCGUUACCUUGUGUCUGUCUCGGGAAACGAUGGAAAGCGGGUCUUAUCAGAUGCUUGGGCUUUAGACACGGCUCAGAAACCGUAUAAGUGGCAGAAACUUAACCCUGAUGGCGAUAGACCUUCGGCCAGAAUGUAUGGUACUGCCAGUGCACGCUCUGAUGGCAUGCUUUUGCUUUGUGGUGGAAGGGAUGCUUCUGGGACGCCACUCUCUGAUGCUUAUGGACUACUUAUGCAUACAAAUGGUCAGUGGGAGUGGACUCUGGCUCCAGGGAUAUCUCCAUCUCCAAGAUAUCAGCACGCAGCUGUCUUUGUUGGUGCUCGGUUGCAUGUUACUGGAGGUGUCCUUAGAGGAGGGAGAGCUAUUGAAGGGGAGGGCGCGAUUGCAGUUCUGGACACUGCUGCUGGAGUUUGGCUGGAUAGAAAUGGCAUUGUGACUUCUCGCACUUUAAAGUCUACCAAUGAGCACGAUGCUUCUUCGGAUCUACUUCGUCGUUGUCGUCAUGCAGCUGCUUCUGUUGGUUCUCAGAUAUACAUUUAUGGUGGUCUGAGGGGAGAUAUCCUCCUUGACGAUUUUCUUAUUGCUGAGAAUGCACCCUUCCAAUCGGAAACUGAUAGGGUCCCAAGGUCAGAGAAUCAAAAUAGAAACCCUAAUUUUAAUUCUGACUCUCCAUCCUUCCAGCAAUAUACAAAUAACAGUCAUGAGCCAGCCCCUGGUUUCAGCACGGACAAAAAGUCAAUUGACAUGUUGACAGAGGCCUCAGCUGCUGAAGCUGAAGCUGUUAGUGCUGUAUGGCGAGCUGCAAAGGAAGCAUCUGUCGCAUCUUCAGAAGACAGUCUUUCAGAGGGAAUAGGUUCUGAGUCCCCGCUGAGUGAAACUUCACCGAUGAAUGAUGAUUUAGAUGAUGGCCCCAUGCAACCAGAUGUGAAAUUGCAUUCUAGAGCAGUUGUAGUUGCUAAAGAAGCAGUAGGAGAUUUAGGAUGUUUGGUCCGACAGCUUUCACUUGAUCAGUUUGAGAAUGAAAGCAGACGAAUGCAUCCUGCGAACAAUGACCAAUCAAACUCAGCGAAGAAAGCAUUAAAUAGACAAAGGUCUCCGCAAGGUUUGCAUAAGAAGGUCAUUUCUCUCUUACUUAGGCCAAGGAAUUGGAAUGCUCCAGCUGAUAGGGCAUUUUUUCUAGACUCUUAUGAAGUCGGCGAGCUAUGCUAUGCUGCUGAGCAGAUUUUUAUGCAGGAACCAACUGUUCUACAACUAAAAGCACCAGUUAAAGUAUUUGGUGAUCUUCAUGGGCAGUUUGGGGACCUAAUGCGCCUCUUUGAUGAAUAUGGUUAUCCAUCGACUGCUGGUGACAUAACGUAUAUUGAUUAUCUCUUCUUGGGGGACUAUGUUGACCGAGGUCAGCACAGCUUGGAAACAAUAACAUUACUUCUUGCUCUUAAAAUAGAGUACCCUGAACAUGUCCACUUGAUUAGAGGAAAUCAUGAGGCUGCUGACAUCAAUGCUCUUUUCGGCUUCCGCCUUGAAUGCAUUGAGAGAAUGGGUGAAAGUGACGGUAUAUGGGCUUGGACUAGAUUCAACCAACUGUUUAACUAUCUCCCACUGGCUGCCAUGAUAGAGAAGAAAAUAAUUUGCAUGCAUGGUGGCAUCGGGAGAUCAAUAAACAGUGUGGAGCAAAUUGAGAAAAUUGAAAGGCCUAUCACAAUGGAUGUCGGAUCUAUUAUCCUCAUGGACCUUUUAUGGUCUGAUCCUACAGAGAAUGAUAGUGUAGAGGGUUUGAGGCCAAAUGCACGAGGACCUGGCUUAGUAACAUUUGGGCCUGAUCGAGUGACAGAGUUCUGUAAACGAAACAAACUGCAAUUGAUCAUAAGAGCUCAUGAGUGUGUUAUGGAUGGAUUUGAGCGUUUCGCACAUGGACAGUUGAUCACUUUAUUUUCAGCCACUAAUUAUUGUGGCACUGCAAACAAUGCUGGCGCCAUACUUGUGGUGGGAAGGGGACUAGUUAUUGUCCCGAAGUUAAUUCAUCCACUUCCACCACCUAUCAAUUCUCCAGAGUCAUCCCCUGAACGCCACAUGGAUGCCACAUGGAUGCAGGAACUGAACAUACAGCGGCCACCUACACCAACUAGAGGACGGCCGCAUUCUGCCGGUGACAGGAACUCUCUUGCUUACAUAUGAUACAUAGCCAACCCCCUCCAUCUUCUUGACCCUGUAUGUUUGUCGUUAGAUAUUUAUUUGCCAGUCGCAAGGUACAUACAUUAUACAUCGGGACAGCCAGCCAACAGAGCAUCGUGGACUCCCAGUUUUUCAAGACAUUGCCCAGUAGUUAAGUUAAUCAUGACUCCUCAGUGUUCAGUGCAGUCGAUGUGACCUCAGCUCCUCAUUGGGAAGCUACAGACAUAACAGUUCAGAUCAUAACUAGAGUUACAUUGCUUCAUUCUUGAUUGGCUCUCCCAGUAGCUGUGCUCCAUUAUCCGAUGGGGAGAAUGGAAUGUUGUCAGAUAUAAUUACUCGAAAAAGAGGAGUGUGUUGUAGUUCGCUGUUGCGGCUCACCUGUAACUGUAGUGUUGUACAUGGUUAGAUCAUUGUUCAUUGAGAGCAAGGAGGCUUGUAAUGUGUCCCUGUAUACCGUGUUUGUUUGUUGUCACAGUGUAGGUCGCUGCUUGAACAGCGCAGCAGCUAUACAAGUUACAGAGUUUAGGUUGCCUGGGGAAGGACUAUGAGGGUUUCCUCGUGAUGUUUGUAAGUGAAGUGUGUUGUGGUUUAUUAAAUUUCAUUAUAGGCAUGGUUACAAUAAAUUAA